AUGGCGGCACUCCCCACCGACCCCAUCAGCCUGAUGGACCCCUACGCCACCGCCCCAGCCUCCCCACGCCGCGACUGGGUCUUGCUCCACCCGUCGGCGCGUAUCUCCGAGCUCCACAACGCAACCACCGUCGUGUCCAGGACGAGGGACGACCAGCCCGUCGUGGCGUCCUUCUGGCUCGUCGACCCGCCGGGCGUCUCCUACUUCUCCGUCCACUGCCCCGGCCUCAAAGUUUCAGACCCGGACGACUUCGCCCACGACGAUCCCGAGCCCGGCUUCAUCGGCGCCCACGUCGUCUGUGCGGAGGCAGCGUUCCUUCUCUUCGACGUGACCUUCAACGCCCCUGACGGCCCCUUCCCGGAGUCCACCCACCACUUCGUCUACAGAGCCGGCCCCGGGGAGCCAGCACUGCACCUGCUCCCGGAACCCGAUAUUCCAGCAUACGAAGCCCGGCCGCAAUUCGGCCUCUUGCCCUGGGGCGAGCACUAUGUCGUGGCCUUCCUACGGUGGAACAGGACCAUGGGUGAUCAUAUGUUUGAUGUCCAUGUCUUCUCGUCCCAGACACAGGCAUGGAGUAAGAAGGUUGGGUUGAUGGCUAUAUCAGAGUCUAAUGAGAGAUAUUUUAGUCGGCAUGAUGCCUGCAGGCAGAUCAGGAUUGGACGCUCACUGGGCUGGGUUGAUCUCUUGCGUGGUAUUCUUCUACUUCGCAGACCGUUCGAUGAACAUCCUACGAUCGAAUACAUCCCGUUUCCUGUGUCAAGGCCGCCUUGCUCCCAACUAUCAGACGACGACGACGAGCUAGGAGGAUCUGACGCUCCUCAAUAUUUUCGUGAUGUGGCCUGCUGUGAUGAUUUGAUCAAGUUUGUCGACGUAGAAUACCAUGACCCUUCCAGUUGCAAGCCCUGCUGUGGCAGAGAUAAAAGUUGGAAAGCCACCAUAUGGAACAGGAAUCUUUCUUCGGGAGAUUGGCUCCGGGGAUUCACGGUUGAUGUUGCCGACAUCUCCCUUGACCAAAGUUAUUCUGCUUUACUGCCGGAGCUGGGGGACGACGAGACAGAAAAGUUACACCUGAAGAAACUGAUUUUCUACACCCCCACCCUCAGCAUCUGCAAUGAUGAUCUUCUUUACGUCAUGUCCAAGGUGAAUGAUGAAGACGACAAGGCCUGGGUCAUCACAGUUGACAUGAAACAUGCGGUUGUGCAAGCAAUAGCCCCGUUUUCUGCUGGCGACAUCGACCUCCUCCCAAUGUACCGUCCAUGCUCCUUCCCCAAGUACCUCAACAUGACCCCAGGCGUAGAUAUAACCAACAAAGGGUACAAGGGCUUUACAUGGAUGGAUGUGGAGAAAUGUAUUGAGGAAUUUCUGUGGACUCGAGACUGGCUUAGGGAACUUGGUCAAUGCUUGGAACAUGAAACGUCAAUUUACAUCGAUUGUAGCUCACUAGUCUGUCCAGCGUCAUCUCUACGUUUGAUCAUUCCAGUAGUGGUAGAAUACGCUUCCUCUGUUGGUGAAGGCGAAGCUAAAGCUGCCACCGAAGCUGUGGAUGUUUGCUCACGAGCUUUGGAAGAUUUCAACUGGCUACUGUGCAAGCCGCGAAGUGAUGCAUCAACCUCUACUAAAGCCAUGAAGAGAAAAAUCAAUACCACCCUUAAAGCUUUAAAGAAGUAUUAUACAAAAUAA